AUCAUUCAGAACGAGGCUUGUUCUUUACUAAUGUGUUAGAUUGUAUAAUGUCGCUCUUUCGUACACGUGUAGUUCAUGUAUAAUUCGACACAGCGCUGUCUCGGUUUUUACCACUAAUUAAUAACCGCAGUAUAUAUAAAUAUAUACUUUGUUAAGUAUCUCUGAUACAAGAAGAAAACAAAGAUGUAUCGCUGUGUCGUCAGUUCUUGUCAAGGCAGGGUUCCUUUGCGGCGAUUUUACGGUACAGGUUGCCAUCUUCGACCUUCCCUAUCGAAACAACCGUCCUCUACUUUUUUAAGGAAUUUACGAAAUAAUGAACUACUUGGUGUUUGUCCUCAGGAAAAUGCUUCUACUGCCAAUAUGACACUUGCUCGAUGUAUGUCUGGACAUGGACACAAAACGGAUAAAGAAAUCGAUGUGCAACAGAAGAGUAGGAUGGAUGAUCUACCUGUACCUCAGGGAUCCUGGCAGGAAUCAUUCCAUAACCUUAACCGCUCAAACAACAUCUUCUUAGCCGUAAGUUCCGCUUUUUUCGUGGUUACAGGGUUUACAAUGUACAAGAUGAAUUGUUUCAAAUGGAAUUCAGGCCCGGACAUUAAAUCUAUUCCAAUAAAGCCAGAAGCAAUUGGUCUUGGUGCCGGUACUGCAGCCACUGUUGAUAGCGCUGAAGCUGUUGUUGAAGAAAGUUCCGUUGGACCAGAUUUGGAUGUUGUUCCAGCAGAAGAACCGGUUACACCAACCCCUACUGCUGAAGAACCGGUCGCACCCACCCCUGCUGCAGAAGAACCGGUCGCAGAAGAAUCGGCUGCACCUGCUGCCGAAGAACCAGCUGCACCUACCCCUGUGGCCGAAGAACCGGCUGCACCUACCCCUGUGGCCGAAGAACCGGCUGCACCUACCCCUGUGGCCGAAGAACCGGCUGCACCUGCUGCCGAAGAACCAGCUGCACCUGCCCCUGUGGCCGAAGAACCGGCUGCACCUGCCCCUGUUGCCGAAGAACCGGCUGCCCCUGCGGCCGAAGAACCGGUUGCACCUGCCCCUGCUGAAGAACCAGCUGCACCACCUCCCCCAGAAGACACACCACCACCACCUCCCCCAGAAGACACACCACCACCACCUCCCCCAGAAGACACACCACCUCCACCUCCCCCUGAAGAGACACCACCUCCACCUGCAGAAGACACUCCAUCAUCGCCACCAACUACAGCUGCCGAGCCAGAAACUCCGAAAGUUGAGGCUACCACCAGAACAGCCGAAAAUGUUGCACCCGAAUCGAAAGCGACUUCAAUCGAUUGGUCUCAAGUGCCCGCUAUCCCUGCACACGUCCCUUAUUUAUUAAUUGGGGCUGGUACUGCUUCAUUUGCAGCAUUUAGGUCAAUCAGAUCGGCUGAUCCUAAGGCUCAGGUGCUUGUUGUUGGAGAGGAGAAUUACAUUCCUUAUAUGCGACCUCCCCUUUCUAAAGAACUCUGGUUCAGUGAGGAUAAGUCAGCUGUUAAGAACUUGAAAUUCAAGCAGUGGAAUGGUAAAGAGAGAAGUAUUUUCUUUGAGCCUGAAGCAUUUUAUGUAGAGCCCAAGAAAUUACCAUAUCAAGAAAAUGGUGGUGUUUCUGUUUUGUCUGGACGAAAAGUGGUGAAGCUUGAUGCUAGCAAACGCCAAGCAUAUCUUGACAAUGGUACUGUAAUAAAAUAUGACAAAUGUUUGAUAGCUACAGGAGGAAAGCCCAAAAAUUUACCAAUAUUGUCAAAAGCUGGCUCAGAUGUAGCUGAGAAGACCACACUAUUUAGAAAUAUUGAUGAUUUCCGUAGCUUGGACAAACAUCUAGAAGAGGCCAAGUCAGUAGCCAUUAUUGGUGGGGGGUUCCUUGGCAGUGAGUUAGCCUGUGCUUUAGGGAAGAAAUCUCAGUCACAUGACUUGAAAGUCUAUCAGCUUUUUCCUGAAUCUGGAAACAUGGGUAAAGUUCUUCCUGAAUAUCUUAGUUUGUGGACAACUUCAAUGGUUAAAAGUGAAGGAGUUGAUGUUCAACCUGGUGUGAGUGUCCAAACAGCUGUUCUGAAGGAUAAUAAAGUGUCUUUAGAAUUGAAUAAUGGCACAUCACUUGAUGUUGACCAUGUUGUUGUUGCUGUUGGUCUUGAUCCCAAUACUGAAUUAGCUAAAACCUCUGGCCUUGAAGUAGAUGAUAAAUUUGGAGGUUUUCGAGUAAACUCCGAGCUAGAAGCCCGAUCUAAUGUUUGGGUUGCUGGUGAUGCUGCUUGCUUUUAUGAUAUCAAACUUGGCCGGCGCCGAGUGGAACAUCAUGAUCACGCUGUUGUUAGCGGACGUUUGGCCGGGCAAAAUAUGGCUGGUGCUGGAAAAGCUUAUUGGCAUCAGUCUAUGUUCUGGUCAGAUCUAGGACCAAAUGUGGGUUAUGAAGCAAUUGGUAUUGUAGAUUCCAGUUUACCAACAGUUGGAGUUUUUGCUAAGGCCACUGAAAAAGAUACUCCACAGGCUGUUGUAGAAGCCACAGGUGAAGGUCUUCGAUCGGAAACUGAAGAGUCUGCUAAACCUUCCAUGGUGCCAGCUGCUCAGCUUGCUACACCUGAUGCUGAUGAGAAUUUUGGUAAAGGUGUAAUUUUCUAUUUGCGAGACAAAGUAGUGGUUGGAGUUCUUUUGUGGAAUGUUUUCAAUAAGAUGCCUAUUGCUAGGAAAGUUCUAAAAGAUGGAGUAGAAAGUGAAGAUUUACACGAAGUAGCAAAAUUAUUCAACAUACAUGAGACAUAACAUUUGUGUGAAUGGGAAAGUGUGUGGGGGGGAAAAUAUAGAAGUGACUUUAAAGAAAUACCGACUUGAAAAAGUUUUACAUGAAUAUUUUUGAUAUAUUUAAAAUGUUUUGUGCAUAUGAAUAUGCAACCCUGCAUUGAGUAGUGAACAAAUCAUGUUAAGUGAUUUCUGGUGAAAAAAACACACACAAAAAAAAAAAAACAAAAACACAGACCAAACUAGACUGAAUUGGUAGUAUGAGAUCAGAUAGAAUUCCUGUUUGUUCAUACGCUCCUCUAAAAUUUGGCAGUCCACAUCAUUGUAAAAUUAGUCCUCUGAACAGCUUUAACAUUUAAAAAAAAAAAUCAUCCAAGUAAAUCAAUGCUCAAGAAAUGAAAGGCACCAUGACAGACAUCAUUAUUACAGGUUAUGGAGUGAAGUUUGCCUUAUUCAAAACUCCUGAACUAUUUUUGUAGACUUCUUUUUAUAACUAAGUUUUCAAUGUCAAUGAAUGAUAUGUAUAGCUUAAAUAAAUACCAUUUUGUUGAACA